AAAAAGAGUCGCAACUCCUCUCGUCUUUCUCAAUCCCCCCCCUAAACCCUGAUUCGAGGGAGAUUGAAUCGCAAUGCCCCCCACAAAAGCAAUUGUCGCCCGCGAGCCGCGCUUCAGCGCCCUCUCCUGGGCCCUCGAGCCCGUGCACGUCGCCGACACGCCGGGCCCCGAUGAAGUUCUCGUGGAGAUGGUCGCCUCGGGCGUCUGCCACACCGACAUUGUCCUCUCGGCUGUGCCCAACGGGACGUUUGGGAUUAGUUAUCCAAAGGUUAUGGGGCAUGAGGGAUCUGGAUAUAUCCGCAGAAUCGGAGAGAAUGUCACGGGUCUCAGCGAAGGCGACCCCGUCCUCCUCUCCUUCUACUCCUGCGGCGAAUGCGAGCAGUGCGCGGAGAGACACCCGGCCUACUGCCACGAGUUUGCGGGGGAGAACUACAUUGGACGAAGGGGAGCUGUUACUAGCGCUACAUCAGAAGAGGGAGAAGACUCCAGGAAAGGCAGGGAGGAAAUCUACUCGCGCUUCUUUGGCCAAUCGAGUUUCUCACGGUACAGCAUCGUGGACAAAGCCUGUGUUGUCAACGCCAAACACCUUGUGAACAGCGAAGAGGAGCUGUCUCUAUUUGCGCCCCUGGGCUGCGGGUUCCAGACGGGGAUGGGCGCCAUUGAGAAUAUUGCGCGGCCGACCGAGUGCGAUGUUGUUGUUGUAUUGGGGCUGGGGAGCGUGGGGUUGGCUGCUUUGAUGACCACCCAAAUAACCCCGCACAAAGCCACAAUCGGCAUCGACCGCAUCGCCUCGCGGCUGCAACUCGCAACAGAGCUCGGCGCAACACACGUCAUCGACACCUCGCCCGACGACGUCAUCCUGCACAAGGUGAUUCUAUCCCUGUACCCGAACGGCGUCUCCGUUGUCAUCGAUACGACGGGGUCACCUGCGAUGAUCGAGGACGGUCUUAAGGCGCUGAGGCAGCGGGGGAAACUCGUUCUUAUUGGUGUCCCGCCGAUGCAGUAUGAGUUGGGAGUUAGUGCGAUUAAGCAUAUGAACGCGGGGAGGUCCAUUAUCGGGUGUAUCGAGGGUGACUGUGUUCCGAAGGAGGCGGUUGAAAAAUUGAUCCGGUGGUACCGCGAGGGCAAAUUCCCAAUCGACAAGCUGGUUACGUAUUUCGAGGCGCGCGACUUCGAGGACGCACUCGCUGGGCUGGACGACGGAUCUGUGGUCAAGGCGGUCCUCAAGUGGAAGGAUGUUUAGGUUGCGCAAGGAAAUAAACAAAUUCAAGUACAUGUACAUCAUUUCUAUCGUGCAAUCAUCUUCCAGCAUUGCACAGGCACACGCACCUUUAUCGGAUACGUUGUAUCUCGGAUAGAACAUUGAAGGUACUUGUUAUCAAGGAAGAACAGGUACGGAUCUCCACUAGAUAUAGGCUACGCGACGGGUGCUGUCGAGGAAGGAACGAAGGGCGGUAGAUGACCUCCCAUCUCACUCAGAACCUCUCUGACCU